UGUGGCGAUCGUCUCAGUCGUCUGCAAACGUUCGCGCUUGCCAGGGUUUUGUUUGAAAGUCGUCAAUGAAAAAGCAAAUCCGUUGCUGCCACAAGCAGACAUGUGUGGGUUUGAAACGUGCGAAAGUGUUUCUCUCAUGUGCGACUGCGGCGGCAGUGUAGUUUCUGGUCGUGGCGCAUGAUAUGCCGCAGGUACAUCAACAUGAAGAUGGUGCAGUGUGCCGGGUGCGACCGUCCCAUCUUGGACAGGUUCCUUCUCAACGUGCUGGACCGCUCGUGGCACGCCAAAUGCGUACAGUGCUGCGAGUGUAGAUGCAACCUGACCGAAAAGUGCUUUUCCAGGGACGGCAAGCUCUUCUGUAGGAACGACUUUUUCAAGCGCUUCGGGACGAAGUGCGCCGGCUGCGCUCAAGGCAUUUCACCGACGGACCUUGUUCGACGGGCGCGUAGUAAGGUGUUCCACCUGAAGUGCUUCACAUGCCUGGUGUGUCGCAAGCAACUUUCGACGGGCGAAGAACUUUACGUCCUCGACGAGAACAGAUUCGUCUGCAAAGACGACUACCUCUCACGACAGCCUCCCAACCACCUCAAUACGUCAGGAGGCGGCUACCAGAUGUACUGCGGCGUAGGUGGUCCACUGGACAAAUCGGACAAGUGUCUCAAGUCCCCGUUCAGCCCCUGGGGUCCUCCCAUUAGGCCAUGCCAUAUCCCGGCCCCCUACGCAAUGCUGGGAUCGGCUUCUCCGGGCUGUGAGACGGCAUUAGACCUCGACGAGACGAACGACAGCAGCACGGGUGGUGGUGGCCCUCCUGUGCCUUCGGGGCCUCCAGACUCCGACCUCCUGCUCAGAGACCACGAACGGGACUCCAGCUCAGAACGGGACCUCUCCCUCGCCUCCGCCGCCGUCUCUCCCCAGGCACCGCCUGCGUCACUAGGGCCAUCGCCGCCAUCAGCGAAAGGUGUUCCCCCAACGAGGCCGGAUUCCGGCGGCGGGGGUUCCGGUCCGGAUUCCGGGGGCGGCGGGGGUGUGGGUGGGGGUGGCGACGAGGCUCAGGGCGGCACGAAACGCCGGGGACCCCGCACCACCAUCAAGGCGAAGCAGCUGGAGACGCUCAAGGCGGCCUUCGCGGCCACGCCCAAGCCCACCCGACACAUCAGGGAGCAGCUGGCGCAGGAGACAGGGCUCAAUAUGAGGGUCAUACAGGUAUGGUUUCAGAACCGCCGUUCAAAAGAGCGUCGAAUGAAGCAGCUCAGCACCCUGGGGGCCCGGCGGCAUUUCUUCCGGAGUCCCCGAAGAGUGAUGCGUUCCCUUCGCCCGGGAAUGUCACCCGACGGUCUGGAUGACUCUCCCGAAAUGGGACCCGGCCCAAACUCCGCCUUCGGCUACUUCUCAGACUCAAGCAACCCGGCGGACUUCGGGUACGGGGCCCAGGCGGGUUUCUAUGAUUUCUUCCCUGGCCAGCAGCCCCCUCCGCCGCCGGGAGAGGGUGGACUCGGGGGAUUUCCACCGCAGGGAGCGAACCCUACUUCGGCCCAGUCGAUGGACCAGCACCCGAACGGACCAGGUAGAUGGAGCGUGAACCUCGGCGCAGAUGCUCCAUACCUCCAACCGGCGGGUGGACACGACCCUCCGCGUUCCAGUCCCGACUCCGUGCUCAGCCUCCCUGGGGCGGAGCCCUACGGCGCUCCACCGAGGCAGGACAACGGCUUCGCCCCGCUCACCCACCCUCCAAUCAGCGAAACGCCAGUCUGGUGACGUUGCACCAAUCGAAGAUCUACUCCGCGCCCCACGUGACUCCCUUCACCCAUACCUCCUCCUUCUCACCGCACCUCCUCCUUCCACAAAGAGAGAGAGAGAGAGAGAAAAAAAAUCCCAAGAUCAAAAAGUUGUGCCGCGGUUCUAGAUUUUUUUUGCCGCCGCGUCUCUUGGGAGUGGAAGAAGCGGUUUGGAAUCUCUCCUCCUCACCACCACCACCACCGCCGCCGCCAUGCUUGUGGAAGAAGAAAGACGACAGUGUUUAUCAUACGGGUUUUUUUUUUCUUGCGGGCACGUCCUUUUUUUGUUCGUUCUUCUUUUCUUUUUUUUUUGUCUUCCUCAGAAUACUUGAAAAUCCACUCGCUCGCCGCUGUUAUUUAUUAUCGCUCGAAAAAAAAAAGAAAUAGACGCGCGUACGAGUGUUCUGUGUGAGAGUGCGCGCACGUGUGAGUGUCAGGUUACACGGACAAUGUUGCCAUUGAAGUGGGACAAAGAAAAAUAAAGGUGUUCGCUUAUCAGAUGACAAAAAAAAAAUCACAGAAAAUUACACAUUGGAUAAUGCAGUACCUUGUUCUUUCCCAGGUUUGUCUUCGCUGCAAAGUUGCGCAGUGACCCACAACUAUUUCUGUACAGAAACAUGUCACUCGCUCGCGUUUCAAAAAGUGUUUCGCAAACAUACUCCUUGGAUGGAGCGCAGAAGACCACCCACACAUGUAAAAAAACAGAAAUCGCUAAAUGCAUUCAUAGGAUAUAAACACAAAUAUAUAUAUAUAUAUAUAAAUAUAUACAUAAACACUCGUGUGCAUGUGAAGAGGAGAAUUGAACACUCGGUUGCCAAUGUGCUGUUAUGAAAAGUCUCGUGUUAAUAAAAAAAAACAUGCAAAGUGAAAGCGG